UGUUGGAGCGAUUCCUUUCCUGGAUUACAAGCACUUUGCUUCCAGGACCUUUUUUCCUGAGAGUGAAUCUUUGAUGAAGAUGUGCAUCAGAGACAUUGGACAGGAUGCAGUGAAAGUUCAGCUUGAUGAGUCUUAUAAGGGUUUGUCCAAGCUGAUUCAGGACCAGCUCUUCCUCACAUCCAUGGUGCACGCUCUGGAGGAGCAGAAGAGCUUCACCAUCAAAGACAAGUGUGCGAUGGCGUCACUACUCACUGUAGCGCUCCACAACAACUUGUCGUACCUGACGGAGGUGAUGGAGACACUGCUAAAGGAUCUGAUGCAGCAGAACAGUAACACUCAGCCAAAACUCCUUCUGCGACGCACCGAGUCAAUCGUGGAGAAACUACUGACCAACUGGAUGUCCAUUUGUCUGUACGGCUUCCUCAGGGUCAGUUGCUUUCUUUGA